AUGCGACUUUCUACCUUAUGGGAACCGCCAACGGUGAAUCCAAGAAACCUGAAAGCGACCUCGAUACCAAUUUUUAACCUGUGGAACGUCUAUGGAAGAAACUUCUUUUUCGCGUGGUUUGGGUUUUUUGUGUGCUUUCUUUCCUGGUUUGCUUUUCCGCCUCUUCUUCAUGGUAUGCUAAAGAAGGACCUAAAGCUCACCGCAGUGGAUAUAUCCAAUAAUAACAUAUGUGGACUGACCGGAACUUUACUAGGCAGAUUUAUUUUGGGGCCCCUUAACGACAAGUAUGGCCCUCGGAUUACUUUGGUAGGCGUGCUGGUUGCAGGAGCAAUUCCAACUGCAUUUGUUCCUUUGGUUACAAAUGUUGCAGGUCUACAUGCCAUCCGUUUCUUUAUCAGCUUCCUAGGCUCCUCGUUUAUUUGCUGCUCCCAAUUCUGCGCUGUAUUUUUUGAUAACAAUAUUAUAGGAACAGCAAAUGCCGUCUCUGCCGGUUGGGGAAAUGCUGGAGGGGGUGUGGCAUUCUUUGUCAUGCCUGCCAUUUCAAAUGCAUUAGAAAAAAGAGGUUACUCUUUACACCAUUCGUGGAGCUACUCUUUUGUGAUUGGGCCGUUCUUGAUUCUGAUGAUCACAGCAAUUGUGAUUUUUGUAUUUGGCAGCGACUGCCCGAGAGGCAGAUGGUCCCUUCGUGGAGAUAUCCUUGGAAUCAACAUGGAUAAUAUGCUCGUGAAGUCUGUCUCUGUCACAAGACACUUCUCUAAGGAUGGAGAACUCACUUCUGUCUGUGUUGAGCCUGUUAACGCAAUCGAUGAGGUUGUGGUUGAGCCAAAUCAGGACCAGGAAAUUUUUGAAGUCGCAGACAUCAUAAAUGAGGACGAAAUCAUCGAAGACCCAACUCUCAAAGACGUGGUCAAGAUCUGUUUUUCCCCACGCACAAUGCUGGUCGGACUUUGCUACAUGUGCUCGUUUGGUACUGAGCUUGCAGUGGAGUCUAUUAUAUCCAACCUAUUCGGGCAAAAGAUGACAAAGUGGAGCACCUCUAAAGCUGGAGCAUGGGGCUCAAUGCUUGGACUUCUCAACGUGGUGACAAGACCAGCCGGAGGAAUUAUCUCCGAUUUCCUAUACCAAAGAUUCAAGACCACCAAGGCUAAAAAGUUCUGGAUGAUAUUCACUGGCUUGAUGCAGGGAAUUUUUUUGAUCUGGGUUGGACUGGUUCCGGAAUUGUCCAUCGCGGGACUCAUAGUGUCGGUUUCGUUUUUGUGUCUUUGGUUUGAGAUGGGAAACGGUGCAAAUUAUGCCUGUGUUCCGGUUGUGAAUAGACACCACAGUGGUAUUGUGAGCGGAGUUACGGGAGCAAUGGGUAACCUAGGAGGCAUUCUGUUUAGUUUAGUGUUCAGGUACACUAUAGCAAAUGGAGUGAACAACUACUUCAAGGCGUUCUGGAUCAUAGGAAUUGUUUGCACUGUUGUGAAUUUGGCCUGUGUGCUUAUUCCAAUUAGGGAGGAGAGGCCUAGGAAAGCGGAAAUUUGA